CUAGGGUUAGGGUUAGGGUUAGGGUUAGGGUUAGGGUUAGGGUUAGGUACAGGCCAGGGCCCAGGGCCGGGCCAGGGGCCAGGGCCAGGCCAAGGCCCA